ACUAUAACCCCGUGAGAACAAGUUUACAGCUGAAGAACUGGUAUAUCAAGGAGCGUCUUUCAGCUGUGGUUUUCUUUCAUCCAUAUAUAGAAACUUUAAGAAGAUGGUCGGUCCAGGUCAUCAAACGAUCUAUGUUAUGCACUAAAUGCUUCCAAGGGAAGAGCCUGUUAGACGACGGUGAUUCGACCAAUCGCGAGCGCGGAAGGACACCGCGGGUGGGAUCAGAAAUAUAAUAUAUUAUUGAGCGUUCAGGCGAAGUCGUCUGUCAAGCUGCAAGUGCGCUGUAGUGUGGAGUGCGUGUGUUUGUGUUGGUAUAAACUGCACCGCGUACACUGGUCUACCAGUCGGCCGCGAGUCGAGCUAGGAGGAACGUGUAGAAAGUAGCACCAGUCGGAACUAGGAGGAACGUACAGAAAGUAGCAGCAGUCGCUGACAACUAAAGCACCAAGUAGUCAUGUCGUCUCACUCAAAAAUAACGGAGAAGAAGACGAUCAUCACAACCAAGUCGUCGUCGUAUGCCGACGACGAUGACAUGGGCGAGUCGUCGUUCCACUACAGAUCUGGGAUAGGUCCACGCUCGGGUGGCAUGAUCACCAGGACGUCGACGACGCCGCUCAAAGGAGGCAGCAGCUACGUCCGCACCAUGGAGAUGUCGUCUGGGGGCGGCAGCGGCUUCAUCGACGUGCCUGGGGCCUACUCGAAGAUCUCGGGGGUCGGGGUGACGAACGUGAAACACACGCGAGAGAGGGAGAAGAAAGACAUGCAGGACCUCAACGAGAGGUUCGCCAACUACAUCGAGAAGGUGAGGUUCCUGGAGGCACAGAACAAGAAGCUGGCCAACGAGCUGGAGCACAUGCGGGCCAAAUGGGGCAAGGAGACGAGCGCCAUCAAGCAGAUGUACGAGACGGAGCUGCAGGAGGCGAGGAACCUCAUCGACGAGACCAACAAGGAGAAGUCGCGGCUCGAGAUCAGAGUGAGCAGCCUCCAGGACAAGCUCGACGAUCUCAACAGACAACUGGAGGAGGCGAAGAAAUGGCGCUCCCAGGAUCGAGACAUCAUCGCUCGCCUCAACCAGCAGAUCGCCGACCUGGAGAGCGAGCUGAACAUGCUGAGACGCGCGAACGAGAACUACGACAAGGAGCGCAUUCGAGACCGCGAGACCAUCAAGAGACUCAGUGACGAGGUCGAGAAACUCAGAAUCGACCUGAACAACGAGACGCUGGGACGCAUGGAUGCGGAGAACAGACGACAGACGCUGGAGGAGGAGAUUGAGUUCUUGAAGAGCGUACACGAGCAGGAGAUGAAGGAGCUGGCGUCACUGGCGUACCGAGACACGACGGCGGAGAACCGCGAGUUCUGGAAGAGCGAACUCUCACAGGCCAUCCGGGACAUCCAGAACGAGUACGACGCCAAGUGUGACCAGAUCAAGGCGGAACUCGACUCCUUCUACAACCUCAAGAUCCAAGAGUUCCGAACUGGUUCUACUAAACAGAACAUGGAAGUGUCGCACGCCAAAGAAGAAACAAAGAAAUACAUCAAACAGCUGCAGGACACGCGAGCCAGGCUGGCCGAUCUGGAAGCAAGAAACAGCCAAUUGGAAAGACAGUACCAGGACUUGUUGAGAGAGAUGGAACAGAAGGACCACGACCACGACUUGGAGACCAGUCAUUACAAGGAGGAAAUAACUCAGCUGCGGGCCGAGAUGGAAUCCAUCCUGCAAGAGUUACAGAACCUGAUGGACGCCAAGCUAUCUCUGGAGUUGGAGAUCGCUGCGUACAGGAAGUUGCUGGAGGGAGAGGAAACCAGAGUCGGGUUGCGCCAGGUCGUGGAACAAGUGAUGAACGUACAGAGCUCCGCCACCACGCGUCUUGGAGACUACAUCAAUGCUGCUCAGAGCGGCAACAUAGAAAUCGCUGAUUCCAGCAAGCUGUCCAUGAAGAUGAUGAGGGGGGAGGUGUCAGCCAGGACCACCUACCAGCGGACCGCGCACGGCCCUAUCCAGAUCGCUGAGGUAGCCCCAGACGGCAAGUACAUCAUGCUCGAAAACACGUCUUCUGAAGACCAAAGUGUGGAUGUUAACUUGGAUGGCUGGAAGCUGACGAGGAACCUCGACGGACAGACAAUACAUGUUUACUCUUUUAGAAACUUCACACUGCGCGCCGGCAAAACUGUCAAGAUCUGGGCCCGCGGCUCCGCGUCCAUGGCGAGUCUGAACGACCUCGUGUUCCGGGACGAGGACAGCUGGGGCAGUGGUAAGAAGGUCACAACGUCGCUCAUGACCGACAGAAACGAGGAAAAAGCAACCCAUGUUCAGCGAACCGAUUAUGCAGAGCAUAAGUAAAGCUUCACUGUUCACUGUCAGCCACACCAAACGGAGCCACUGUUUGUUUUCAUUCUCGCCGCCAGGUGGAGUAUCAAUACUUGCCUAGAGACUCGUAACGUGCUCACGUAGGGUGUUUGACGGAACAGCAGUUCCGGUGGCUUUCGACUUGUGCAACUUAUUCCUAUCAGUAACACCGUGACGUAAUAUCCGCCUUGCUUACAAACAACGUAAAAUGUCUACGAGGAACCAGUCCAUUUCUUUUUACACAGUGGUGAUUCAGGAGAGUUGCGGCGGAGGGGGGGGGGGGGGGGGGGGGGAUCCUUUGUCAUGAAUUAACGAUGUAUUUAAAGAAACAUUUAGACCUUAUAAAAUAUCUGCUAUCUUGGGCAUAUUUCGUAGGUGCCUCUGAGUAUAUACCCAACACAGGCGUGUUUUAACCUUCAGUGGGUGUAAAGCACAUAUCAAAUAGUUGAUUGAUUAUGUACAACAUAUAUAAUGUAAAACAUUUCAAUUAAAUUAUGGAUAUCGGAUUUUGGUGAGACGAAAGUAGUUUUCACUGAUCACAAGUUAUUUCUCCCCAACCCCCACCCCGUAACACUCAUGGAUCCGCUACCGUGACCGUCUUGUAUGAAUUUAAAAAAAGAAAGAAAUGUAGAAUACAUUCCUUGUUCUUAUAUAACCAUACAUGUAUAUUUGUCCAUUACACUGUACCUUUUGGCUAUCUAUCACUUGUGUUGUUUGACGCACUGUUUGUCGUGCUGGUGUUUUGACAGUAAUAUUUCGUAGUUGCACAAUUUCACGGAAUUGUUUCCAGUUCAGUAAGACAUCGACAGGUGAUCAUUGUUAAACGAAUCAUUACUCCGCAAUACAUUUCCAUAUCGCAGACAUAGUUAUAGGUUUCUGUCCCCUCUCUAACACACACGUGUACUACCAUAUUCUAUAGUGGUUGUAACAUAUUUAUUACUAUUAUCAUAUGACAGUGGAGUAUUAUAGUGUUCAUGUUGGUGCUAUACACAAUUAAUAUAAACAUACUGUUACAUACAGGGUUUCAUAUUUAUAAUAAUAAUAUAAUAAAGAUAAUAAUAAUAAUAAUAAUAUAAUAAUGAUGAUGAUGAUGAUAAUAAUCACGGAUCAAUGGUUGUGACAAAUACUACAUUCCAUACGUUUUUUGUUUGUUAUGAUUUAAAUUUGUUUUGUAUAUAAAUUAGUACAUAUUGCAGCUAACAAAUUAAACUGAUAUUGCAAAACCUUUUUUUUUUUUUAACUUUUUUACUGCGAUUCGUGUUAACACCGAAGAAAUAGGCUAACUGAAGUAUAUGAAAGAUGAAAAAAGUUAUAAUAAUUAUAUUACUUUUAUUUGUUGCAAUAUUUUUACAUGUCAUGACAUUUUUUAUUAACCUUCAGCAGAACAAACGAAAGAGAUAUUUAUCUUAUUAUUACAAAAUAACUUAUUUUCAUAUAUAGAUGUAGAACAAAAAAUAAUAUAUUAUCACCUGCAAGGCAAUGCCAACGAGCUAUGAGCGCUGUGUAGCACUAGUUGUUUAGAACGUAGUUUCAGACACUUGAGUUAUAAAUGUAGUAUAUACAUGUACUUGGGACUUUGUACAAAAAUAUGUAUAUUUUAGCUUGAAUAAAUAUGUUUUACAUA